AUGGAACGUUAUGGAGUAUACUCCAUCUUCUUAACACUGCUUCUUCUGUCUGUUGUAUGUGCGGUAGACAAAACAAGAGAAGAUGGCGCUCGAGGAUCUGGUGUCGUGGAGGCGGUGGUUGAUUUACUUAGAGAGCGAUGUACCAUCUCCGAUGAUAAUUUCUACUUGAGAAGAAUGGCGUAUGCUGCCAGUAGAGACGGGGAGAAAAGCGACACCUAUCGGCAGGGAUUUCAUGGUGGUAUCUGGCAGAUCAAUCAACAGAAGUUUCGUCUUACCCAAACUACUUACUAUCUAAGAAAACAUCGUAUUGGAAUACAAGGGAACUUCAGCAUAAAUUGGUCCCGUGUCACAUGGUUCGACCUUCGGAAACCUUUGUACUCCGGCAUUGCAGCCGCACUGUACGUGCAGUAUGUUCAGGAAAGGUACCGAACUACCAUACCCUCAACCGUUAAUGCUCAAGCGCUCUUCUGGGCCAAACAAUUUGGUGGACAAAGGAAUGAUUUUCUUGCAGUAAAUAGCCUUCGUCAAGUAUCUUGUGACAUGAAGCCAGUAGAUCUCGUGUUUGUGGUAGAUGAAUCCGGAAGUAUCGGUAGCUCAAAUUUUAGAAAAAUGAAAAACUUUCUGGUCAACCUUGUGGACCAAGUAACCAUUUCGAACACUGCAUUUCGUGUGGGGCUCGUCAAGUUCCACAAGUCUGCAACUACAGUGUUUGAUCUAAACAGAUACAGUCAGAAAUCAUCUAUAAAGAGGGCGAUUCAGUAUAUGAGCUAUGCAAGAGGAAGUACGCGUAUCGGGAAAGGAAUAAACGGGGCUCGUUCUGUAUUCAACCGAUCAUCCAGGAAAGAUGCCACAAAAGUAAUGAUCCUUCUCACAGAUGGGAAAUCCUCAGAUAAAACUGUGACAGCCCAGGAAGCCAGCAGAGCAAAGUCUGAGGGCGUGUCUAUUUUUGUGAUCGGGAUUGGUAAUGUAGAUAGGGGAGAAAUAACUUCUGCAGCCUCGGAGCCGACAUGUGUUCACGUGUUUAUGCUGCAGGGGUUUUCUGGAAUUAACAAUAUUCUCUAUGAAGUCAGGAGACGAUCGUGUAAAGCACCAAAGAAAGUGGAAGUCAUUGGUAAGAAUGAAACAAAAGUGGAAGGAGGUCUUAAACCAGACCGAGUGGUGGAAGACACCGUGGAGAUCGACACGAAGGCUCAAGUCACAGGAAUUACCACGAAUGUGACCUGUGGAGAGGUCGAACUGUUUGCCUCAGCUCAAACAUCCACCCCAAACGAGGCUUUCUAUGACGUGAAAGGAUUAGCAAGAGACAACCAACCAUCUGCAUUUUCAAUUAAAAACCGUGGUCGAACUGUAUUUGUUCAUUACAAAGGAAAGGUCAUUACAACGAUGGAAUAUUGUAAAACAAUGAACAAGACGUUCAGUAUUACAUUCAACCAAGCAAUAGAUGAAUGUGAAAAUAAUCCAUGUAAAAAUGGUGCCACAUGUGUAGACCUUCCAAAUGGCUUUACUUGUCAAUGUGCUGCUGGCUACUCGGGGGAAACGUGUCGGCAGAACAUUGACGAAUGCGCAAAUAAUCCAUGUGUAAAUGGUGGACAAUGUAUAGAUAUUGUUAAUGGCUAUAAAUGCGCUUGCCUUGAUGGUUAUACCGGGACUUCAUGUGAAAAAGUAGUAAAUAAGUGCGAAAGCUCACCAUGUCUAAACGGGGGAACCUGUUCCAGGAAUGGUAGUGAUUUUCACUGUGUUUGUGCAUCUGGUUUCACUGGAAAGACUUGUAGUAUAGAUAUAAACGAAUGUCAGUCAUCACCAUGCAAAAAUGGUGGAGUCUGUACAAACCAAAGGAACGAUUACAGUUGUCAAUGCUCGUCUGGUUUUACGGGAAAGAAUUGUGACGUAAAUAUUGAUGAUUGCACACCAAAUCCAUGCAGUAAUGGUGGAUCAUGCUCGGAUCUUGUGAACGAUUUCCGUUGUUCGUGCUCGAAUGGUUAUACAGGAAAAGCAUGCGAUGUCGUAGUAAACCACUGUCAAUCUACAUCUUGUGAAAAUGGAGGUAGCUGCAUAAACUCUCCCAGUGGCUUUUCCUGCAAUUGUCAAACUGGAUACACUGGCUCGACCUGUGAGAAUGAAGCUGUUGUCGUUACUUGUCAGAUUGGAUCGAAAAUAAAGGAGUGUUCGAUAGAGGACUUGAAAAAGUCAAGCCUUGCUGACAAAAUCUGUACCGGUACAACUCAACAGAAUUCUGGCGAAGCACUCUUCUCAACUCCAACACCCCAGACACAGAGUAGCGAGUCGAACUCCACAUCCAAGUGUAUACCUAAGGGUUACAUUUAUCACAUACCAUAUCCAAAGGACAAGACAAAGUUCAUUCAAUGUGAUGCAUUUGGGGGAUCUACUGUUAUGCCUUGUGGUCCUGGAACUCAGUUCAACAAAGAUCAACAAAUAUGCACGGCCACAACCACCGUGGUUUGCCCGAGUACAGGAUUUGAUAAAUUAGCCGACCCAAAUGACCCUGGUAAAUAUUAUGACUGUGUUUAUGGUGUACCACAUCUAAGAUCAUGUCCUGCUGGCCUCGUUUUCAUCGAGAAUCAAAAGUUUUGUAGCUGGUCCACUAGCAGACGACAGCUAACAGAGGACGGCGACCUCACUGAUAGCGAUAACGAAGGAGAUGAUGUCGAAGACGACGAGGAUGAUAACGAUGAUGAUAAUGAUGACGUAAUGGAAUCUGAGCUCAAUGAAGUGGAAGAAAGAAAAAUAACCGACACUGAUGACAAGCAAAGUGGGGGCAAUCUAGAAAAAUUGAAAGAGGUUCUUAGAAACCUUCUUGAUGACAAAGAAUAAAUUCCUUUACGUUUUAGAGUGAGGUUUCGAAGAAAUGUAUCAGUUCUAAGAUUAAUCUUCUGGAUAAAUAUAUAUGUAUACAUGUGUACGUUUGAGUAUAAAUGGAAGACGGUGAAAGUGAAAAUAUACUAAUAAAGUUCUUUUUUUAAUUUUUCAUGCUUACCCAUAUGUGAAAACACGCAAUCCA